AUGCUCGGGUUCUCACCCAGCCUUGUGUUUAGAGCCGCAUCGCAGGAGAAGUCGAACCUGAUAGACACCAUCCGCACGCUUGCGCUCACGAAAACCAACUGGUCCGACACUCUCGCCCUCCCACGAUCGCAGUUCCCGGCUCGUCCUACCUCGGAGCAGCUGGAAACGUACCGCCAAAGAUGUUCCGAUGACCUCUACGAAUGGCAGCGAAGUGCCAGAGAGAGUCACAGAGGUGGUAAAGAGGAGUUCGUGUUGCACGAUGGACCACCAUAUGCCAAUGGCGCUGUCCAUGUCGGGCAUGCGUUAAACAAAGUGCUGAAGGACUUGAUGCUGCGGUCAGAGCUCUCCAGAGGGAAGAAAGUGCAAUACCGCCCUGGCUGGGACUGUCAUGGACUUCCGAUCGAGCUUAAGGCUCUGCAGCAGCCUAAGGCGCCUGGGAAGCAGGCGAAGUCGUCGAAAGACACUCCUGCACAAGAAGCCAGGGCUGCUGCGUAUGCUUCUAGCAAGAUGAGUGCGCUUGAAAUUAGGACAGCGGCGCGGAAGCUGGCAAGUGAGACGAUCGAGACGCAGAAGAAGAGCUUCAAGGACUGGGGUGUCAUGGGAGAGUGGAAUCGACCGUACACAACAAUGAGCGCUGAUUUCGAGGCCAGACAGCUGGGUGUGUUUAGAGAGAUGGUUCGGAAAGGUCUCAUCUCACGACAUCACAGGCCGGUCUACUGGUCGCCGUCAUCUCGCACCGCCCUGGCAGAAGCCGAGCUUGAGUACGACGAUAGUCACAAGUGUACAGCUGCAUUCGUUAAGAUGCCCAUGACACGACUGCCGCAAGUGCUCAAGAGUCAUUCCUCCAUUCGACCGGGCUACUUGAGCGCUUUGAUCUGGACAACUACUCCGUGGACGCUCCCAGCCAACAAAGCCAUUGCCAUAAGGAAUGACAUCGAGUAUACGGUCAUUGAGGUUGCUGGCGAAUUUGAAUCGACCGAUCAAUUCAUCCUCGCGAAAGACCGCAUCGAGCAUGUGCUGUCUCAAUUGCCCGGAUGCACUGCCAAAAUCAUCGUCAACUCCAUCACCGGGUCGCAAUUGUGCGAUGGAGAUGUAACGUGUUUCAACUUGUUCACCGCAGCCGAAUCUCCCAUCGUUCAUGCAGACUUUGUGACUGCUACUUCGGGUACUGGGUUAGUCCACAUGGCUCCAGGUCACGGGAUGGACGAUUAUCAAGUGUGCCAGCGACUGGGAAUUGGACCUGCGUUGGCGCCAGUAGAUGAUGAGGGCAAGUACACUGCCGAAGUCUUUCCCGCGAGCCAAGGCGAUACACAACUUGAAGGUCUGGACGUUCAGACGGCCGGUGUGAAGGCAGUACUUCAGAUCUUGAACGAUCCGAGCAAGCAUCUGCCUGAUGGAAUCCAUCAAUCAGGUGAGAGCCUGGUAUUGGCAGCGCACAGCUUCAUUCACAAGAAUCCCAUAGACUGGCGGACGAAGCAGCCAGUCAUCGUUCGUGCUACCGCACAGUGGUUCGCAGAUGUAUCAGUCAUCAAAGACAGAGCUCUAGCGGCACUGGAGGAUGUGACCUGCAUUCCUGAAAGCGGCAAAACGCGGCUGAAGAGCUUCAUCGAAGGACGAAGUCAGUGGUGCAUUUCCAGACAGCGAGCUUGGGGCGUUCCUAUCCCAGCGCUUUACAGUGCGGAUACGGGCGAAGCCUGCAUCUCACUAGAUGCGAUUGAUCACAUCAUCUCUGUCAUCGAGGAAAGAGGCACCGAUGCAUGGUUCUCGGAUCCUCAAGAUGAGCCCUCAUGGCUUCACCCUUCUCUCGAACCCGGAAAAUGGGUCAGAGGUCGAGAUACCAUGGAUGUCUGGUUCGACUCUGGCACGACCUGGACCUCACUUGCCGCCCGAGAAGAUGAAGAGGCACAUCUGAGCGAUGUAUACUCAGAGGGGACUGAUCAGCAUCGAGGCUGGUUCCAAAGCAGUUUACUCACAGCGAUCGCUUCUCAAGACCCCGAUGCGAAACCACUAGCUCCCUUCAGGAUCCUCGCAACACACGGCUUUACGCUCGACGGUGAAGGCAGGAAGAUGAGCAAGAGUCUCGGCAACGUCAUCGCACCCGAUCAAAUCAUCUCGGGCUCUCUACUUCCACCUUCAAAAGGCAAGGGCAAGGGGAAAGCUCCUCCUCCAACCAGCAAGUCCAAACAACAAGGCAUCCUCGGUCCCGACGUCCUCCGCCUCUGGGUCGCAUCCUCAGAUUACACCCGCGACGUAGCCAUCUCCCAACCCGUCCUGCAAAGCGUGCAGCAAGCCCUUCAAAAAUACCGCGUCACCUUCAAAUUCCUUCUCGGCGUCUUACACGACUAUCCCUCCCCUUGUCCUCAACUAUCCCUUGUCUCGCCUCUCGACUUCGCCGACCGGGUCGUCCUUGACCAACUCGAAAAAUGCAGCCGCUCCGUCUUCGAAGCGUACAAGAACUACAAAUUCUACGCCGCCAUCUCGGAAGUCAACAAAUUCGUCAACAACGAUCUGAGCGCGUUUUACUUUGAGAUCGCUAAGGACCGGCUCUACGCGGGUGACUUACGCAUCAGGAGACACACGCAGACGGUGCUGGUGUAUAUCCUUCAGGAACUGACGAAGAUGCUGGGACCGGCGACGCCGCUGCUGGUGGAGGAGGUGUGGGAGUGGAUGCCGAUGGGGAUGAAGUCUUUGUACGGAGAGGAUGAAGAGGUGGAUAUGAGUUUGCACCCGCUGAGACAGGUCUGGGAGGGGCCGUUCGAUGCCGGUAAGGUGGGUGUGGAGUGUGGAGUCUUGUUGACUGCUGCGAUGGAGGCAUUCAAGAAGGUCAGUUCGGCGGUCAAGGUUGCUCAAGAGGAGGCCAGGACGGCGAGAUUGCUAGGCAGCGGGCUGGCUUGUAGAGUUGUUGUUCAGCUGCCUGCGGGUUUCGAUGUUGCAGCUGAUGGAGAUUUCGCAUUCCUGCGGGAGGACUUGGCGGGCCUGUUGGUUGUCAGUCAGGCGGAGGUCAUUCCCGCUGCAAACCUUGAGGCGACAUCAAGCGAAGACAACCCAGAGUGGCGGUAUGAGCAGCCGUUCGAAGUGGAGGUGAAGGGUCAGAUGUUGGAAGGCAAAGUGAUUGUCCUGCCGCCCGCUGGCGAGAAGUGUGUCCGAUGCUGGAAGUAUACUGCAGAGGAGGAAGAUCUGCCUUGCUCGCAGUGUCGUGUGGCGAUUGCCGAGCAGCUCUGA